CUCCGCAGGUUGAUGGCAGCGGCAGCUGGGACUGCAGCGACGCCCGGCCCCGAGAGUCGCAGGCAGAGGCCGGAGCGCGCAGCCGAACGCCCGGGCCCCAGACGCCGCGGACACCAGGAGAGGCAGUUCCGGUGCCCUGACGCCUCCCUUGGUCCCCAGCGCAGCCCCAACCCCCUCCGCAGAGAAGUCGCAGCGUGAGCGCCCCUCGGCCGGCUCAGGACCAGCUACGGGACUAAGGACCAAAAUUUGGGCACCGAGAUCCUCCAUCUCUCCCCCCAGCUAUGAGCCGGCGCGUGGUUCGGCAGAGCAAGUUCCGCCAUGUGUUUGGACAGGCAGCAAAGGCUGACCAGGCCUACGAGGACAUCCGUGUGUCCAAGGUCACAUGGGACAGCUCCUUCUGUGCCGUCAACCCCAAAUUCCUGGCCAUUAUUGUGGAGGCUGGAGGUGGAGGUGCCUUCAUCGUCCUGCCUCUGGCCAAGACAGGGCGAGUGGAUAAGAACUACCCACUGGUCACUGGGCACACUGCCCCUGUGCUGGACAUCGACUGGUGCCCACACAAUGACAACGUCAUCGCCAGUGCCUCCGAUGACACCACCAUCAUGGUGUGGCAGAUUCCAGACUAUACCCCUAUGCGCAACAUUACAGAACCCAUCCUCACACUCGAGGGCCACUCCAAACGUGUGGGCAUCCUCUCCUGGCACCCCACUGCCCGGAAUGUCCUGCUCAGUGCAGGUGGUGACAAUGUGAUCAUCAUCUGGAACGUGGGCACUGGGGAGGUGCUUCUGAGUCUAGACGACAUACACCCGGACGUCAUCCACAGCGUGUGCUGGAACAGCAAUGGGAGGCUGCUAGCCACCACCUGCAAGGACAAGACCCUGCGCAUCAUCGACCCCCGCAAGGGCCAGGUGGUGGCGGAGCGAGCCCGGCCUCACGAGGGCGCCCGCCCGCUGCGGGCCGUCUUCACCGCAGACGGGAAGCUACUCAGCACCGGCUUCAGCAGGAUGAGUGAGCGGCAACUCGCGCUCUGGGACCCGGAGAGGUUUGCGGCCCACGAGGGAAUGAGGCCCAUGAGGGCCGUCUUCACGCGCCAGGGUCAUAUCUUCACCACGGGCUUCACCCGCAUGAGCCAGCGAGAGCUGGGCCUGUGGGACCCGGUAACGCAGCUGGACGUUUGGGUUUUGCUGCGUCGCCUGAAGGAGCCCACGCUGGCGCCCCCGCCUGGUGAUGCCGAGUCCCUGGGGGUGGUUUGCGGUGACUGCAUGCGGCGGUGCAGGGGAUAUAGGUGCGGGGGACCGAGAGUGGUGUCCAGGUGUGGGGUCUGCAGCUCUCUUCACCAGAGUUGCCUUGGGAAUGCGUGGGUUUUGGGGAGGGCACGAAGCGUAAAGGAGCUUCAGGGGAUCCAGAGCGGCACGGCGAGCGGGACAGGGCUGGUCACGCCUCCUGUGCUCGGGCAGAACAACUUCGAGGAGCCAGUGGCACUGCAGGAGAUGGACACAAGCAACGGGGUCCUACUGCCCUUCUACGAUCCCGACUCCAGCAUCGUCUACCUGUGUGGCAAGGGAGACAGCAGCAUUCGGUACUUUGAGAUUACCGAGGAACCACCUUUCGUGCAUUACCUGAACACGUUCAGCAGCAAGGAGCCGCAGAGGGGCAUGGGCUUCAUGCCCAAGCGGGGACUGGAUGUCAGCAAGUGCGAGAUCGCACGGUUCUACAAGUUGCACGAAAGAAAGUGUGAGCCCAUCAUCAUGACUGUGCCCCGCAAGUCAGACCUGUUCCAAGACGACCUUUACCCAGAUACGCCGGGCCCCGAACCGGCCCUAGAAGCGGAUGAAUGGCUAUCCGGCCAGGACGCCGAACCCGUGCUCAUCUCGUUGAGGGACGGUUACAUGCCCCCCAAGCACCGCGAGCUGCGGGUCACCAAGCGCAACAUCCUGGACGUGCGCCCGCCCCCCGGCCCCCGCCGCAGCCAGUCAGCCAGCGACGCCCCCUUGUCGCAGCACACCCUGGAGACGCUGCUGGAGGAGAUCAAGGCCCUGCGCGAGCAGGUGCAGGCCCAGGAGCAGCGCAUUACGUCUUUGGAGAACAUGCUGUGCGAGCUGGUGGACGGCACGGACUAGCGCAUCGCGCCGGGGAAGCUCCAAGCCGGGAGGGCAAAGUGGGGCGGAGCGCAAGCACUCCCGCGCCGCCCCGGCUUUGGGUCCUCUGGACCCCGCCUCUCUGGGCCUGGGCCGGGACUAGGGGGGGAACUCCGCCCCUCGCGGGAGUCCUGGACAAAUGAAGCGUUGCGGACACUCGCGUCCGUCUGGCGCCUACCGGGCUGUGUGCCUCGUACAGGACUCAGCAGGAGCUGGCCUUGGAAGGCUCAGGGUGACGGGGGCCUCAACAAUGGUGCUGCACGGCAGGCAGUGUCCCCUUUGUUUCCCUUCCCGCCCACGGCAGGGAAAGUGCUUAGUAUUAGCGCAAUGCUUGGGGAUGUUGGGGAGCUUGGGCUUGACCUCAAAGGGGUAGCGAUUUGACGGGUCUCCCCAGACUGGCUGGGGAAAAUUACAACGCUUCUCCCUCUAAUCAGCUCACUUGACUCCACCACCCUGAGUGGUAAACUCAACGGGCGUCACCCGAGUUCUACGGACAUACACAAACGUUGGCUGUACAGCCGGACCCACGGGCUACACCCAGCAGUCUACGGCAGAGGGCUCUCUUCCUUCUCUCCAUCUGCAGGGGAGAGGACGGCUUCCUCGCGGCACUCCCGCAGGAGAACCAACCAGAGAACUGGCAUGAGGAAGCAGGUUCACACCUCCCCCCUCCCAGACACACACACACACACACACACACACACACACCAGCCCUCUGUUGCGGCCUUGACUCCAGGAGGAAAACAAGACGUACUGAAUGAAACGUUUUACCAAGUGCUCAGUCUGUGCCUCCUGCAUGGGUGGGGAUGCUAGACCCCCAGCCUCUGUAAAUGCCACCACCAGACUCCUGGGGGCCCUGACAAAUGCAACACUCGGCUCAGGACCCACCAGACAUCCUCUUACUUCAGAGCCCUCCCCACACUGAGGUUCAGAAGGAACCCUCAACCCGCAGAUGGGCGUUCUUCCCCAGUAAAGGCAGGUAGGAAAA